AUGUCUUAUGAUGUCUUAUGGUUGCCUUGCUAUUCGCAAGGCACGCUGACUACUGACAAGUCAUCCAAAGCCGUGGGAAGGAUCCCUGUGUUCCAUCAGAUUCUAUCUGGCAGCGACUGCGACGGGUGGUCCUGGCACGUGGACCCGAAGAAUGUUGGUUGGGCAGAACUGGCAGUCGAGGUUUGUGACGCCUCUCCACGCUACAUCGAGGAGCACUCGGAGGCCUCAGCGACAUUUGUUUUCAGAGGCAUGGCGUACAUCACCUGGCCGCUGGUGCCCAUGGAAAGUCCAGGCAGGCAAGUGAGCCGAAAGCAGGCGUUGAAAGGUCAAUGUUACGUGGACCAGAGCCGGCAAGUCGUAUUGGCCGUAUUGGUGCUGUUUGCAGGGAGCCCGGGCGGCAGUGCAGCUCCCGAAGAGGCCGCAAAUGUCCAGUUGUUCUGUGCAGGCACACUGCCGCACUCCAUGCAGUCUCACUCCAGAUCGCUAGGAGAGUCCGGCACCGUGUCUAACUUUGGCUCCACGCUUGGAUCGACCUUCGGUAAGUCUGAUGUCGCAGCAUCACCACGAGGACCUCUGGAGCGCCAGAUUUCAAAGCAGGAUCCUCCGAAAUCGAUGGCGCAGGGAGGGUUAAAUGGAACUGCUCAGUUGUCCCAGUCUGGAACGAGCACGGCAACCGGUGCAAACUUUGUGCCAUGGACGAAGGCACUUGGGUCAGUCAUUGCGAGCCCGGGCAAGCUGGCAAGUCCGAAGACGAAAGCCUCUAAGCUUGCAGGCCGCCCAGGAGCGCAGGACAAACUUCCUGCGAACUUGGCCCUGCGUGCGCAGAACAUCGAGGCGAAGUGCUCGCCAGAUGUUCGGCGUGCGUUUCGCUCGAAGCCGGUGGAGAAGUGUGGCUGUGCAACGAUCACGGCCGUGUGGUCUGCCUGCGACACUUUCUGGGAGAUAGAUACAACACACUCUGGCGCCAUUACCCGACAGGUGUACAUGGACUUCUUGAAGUACAUUUGUCCUACAGUCAACACGCUCCGCAUGCUCCGCAGGGCAAGGCUUGAGUGCCGCUUCCGCAGCUCGGCUGUGCCUGUCAGACUGGAGGAUUUCCUUGCGAUGGUGUGGCCGACUGCUACGAUCGAGGACCGUGCAAAGAUGCUGAGAUGGGCCGAGCUUCGAGAGUGCUACGACAUCAUCUCCCAUAGGUUUUCAGCAACGGAUCAAGACCUGGAGAAGCUCUUCACGCUUCUAUGCGGACCUUCGAUGAAGCCCGGCGAACCGCCGAAAGUCCUUGCGAGUGAGCUGAGCCGCUCGAGGAUGUUACCUCGAGACGUGGUGGUUGGCUUUGCAAAAGAGGGGCAUCUGAAAGAGGUUGCUUUCGACUACGAGGAAUUCAAGUCCAUCGCAUGGCCGAAGCUCAAAGAGCGAUGGAUGUCCAAAGACAGCUUCAACAAGCAGAAGGCCGUUGAGGAGAAAGAGCAGCCUCUGCGAGGCGCCUGGCCAGGCCGCACCAUGCGCAACGACGACCAAGGCUGA